AUGGCAUUAUUGACGUCCGGCCGUUCAACAGAAUUACCCCUAUUUGAUCCAGACGUUGAUGAUUUUAUCAGUACAACAAUGCUUCAUGGGGAUCAAAAUUUAAACUCACAUUUGCACAGCGAAUGCGAACUAUUGUGUGAUAAAAUUCUGGAUUUUAAUAUUGACUUCGGACUUGUUGAAAUAGCAAAUGAGAUGCCUAUUACUCCAUCAAAUCUUCCAUAUGAUUCUGAUCGAUUACCAUCAUCACCAUCUAUGAAAAAAAACCGGAAAAAAAAGCAACGUCGAGUACCAUCAAAUUUACCACAUACAAAUGCGCGUGAAUGGAAUGUCAUGGAUGAUGGCACUGGCAAAUUACGUAAACCGUACUUAUACGAGUUUCUUCGACACUUGCUUGAUAAUCCAAAUUAUUCUUAUAUUGCUUCAUAUGUUGAUAGAAAUAAAGGCACUUUUAAAUUUUAUGAAAAAAAUACUGCCGCUGAAUUGUGGCAGCGCGUAAAGGGUCGAAAUUCAGAUUCAGUAAUGACCUAUGAGAAGUUAGCUCGAGCUAUCCGUUACUAUUAUAGCAGUGGAAUAAUACGUCCAAGUCCAGGACGUUUUACAUUUCAAUUUGGCUCUGGAUCAAAUUUCUGA